AUUGUCUACAACAUACAUGUCGAGUGCUGUACGUAGAAUACUGUGCUUCACUGCGAAUCGAAGAAGAGCAGCUCAGAUGGCGAAUAAUAUCCACCUACCAUUCUCGGGGAAUGGAUUCAUACUGGGUGAUCCGAGCGGUUCUUCGAUUGCCUUUCAAUCCGGUCAUCCUGCUUCGGCAGACUACAGCGAAAUAAGACGGCUAACCAACCGUCCGCAAGAUAUCGACGAUUUCCUCGCUGAGUAUCCUGAUCUCACGCCAGACCUCGAGUCCAAUGUCAACCUUGACUUUUACCGUGGGACGGGGAAAAUGCAACCUGGGAACAUGGCAUACGAAGAGUUCAUGUCGGCUUUCGAAAAGGACUACGAGGAAUUAGAACUGAAUCACGGGUACAUCCAAUGGCUCUUCCCGAUCCGUGAGAAGGGUUUGAACUAUCAAUCGAGACCGCUUCAACUUCAUGAGAUUCAGAUGAUGAGCUCGGAUAGAGCCGUCUUGGCGAGACUUUUACGCUCGUAUAGGAUGAUGCUCGCUUUCUACGGGAUAGACUUCAACAACGGCCAUCUGCGAUUGACAGUCGAUCAUCUUGAGCGAUUGUUUAACCUCUAUCAUCACCCGCACAACCUCCUCCGCAUAACCCGUAUCCUCAAAUGUCUGUCUGAAUUCCCUCUCCUCAAACCUCACGUUCCUCUUCUCAUCUUGUUCUUCACGGCCCUCCACUCGGAAGGAUAUAUCGAUCUCUCUCCCGCCCCACAUCAUAACAUGCACGGCCAGAGCUUGGACAAUUGGUGGUCUAAUUGUAUACGGGAUCAGGACUUGCGGACAAGAGUCAGGCGUAUUGUCACGGAGAGAGGACCAUGUGCAGGUUUUCGAUGGGGAUUUGAACAAUUUGAUGAUUGGUACGCUGGGUGUCAGAAAGGUUGGACAGGUGCUUUGGGAGGGUUUCUUGACGACGAGGGGACCACUGGUUCUUAGGCUCCAACUUGGGCUGGCGUGGCACGGAAAUGUAGAUCGGCUUUGUCUAGUGGCACUAAAUGCUAUCGUUCAGAAGGAUCUCAAUUUAGCAGCUGGAACGUCAGCGUGGGUCAAAGAGGAGGACAUCUGCUUUCGCCCUUUGUCCCUUCUCCAUCUGUG